GACCAUGAGUGUGAGUGUCGAAGAGAGGAGCGAGUCGAUGGGUGGUCAAAGUUGACGUGGUCACAGCACGGUGUGCCCCGCGUCGCAGUCAGCGAGAAGACGGACGCCUCACGCAAGAAGGAGCUCAAGCAGAUUGAAGCAUACAAAGCCCUGGUCGACAAUGUCCAGGCAAAGGCACACGAAUACACGGCCGAAACGCUCAGCUUGACGUCCGCUCUGCUCACUCAAAAUCCCGAAUACUACACCAUCUGGAACCACCGCCGCCUCGUCCUCCAACAUGUCUUUGCCAAAGAGAUAGACUCUCCACCAGCUGAAGACGCCGAGUCGAAACCUGCACCAGGCCUGACUCCGGCCCAACAUGAGAUCACUCUAUUGAUUCGCGAGGACCUGGCAUUCCUGCUGCCUCUGCUCAAGCAAUUCCCCAAAUGCUACUGGGUCUGGAACCACCGCGCAUGGCUGUUGCAGCAAGCCUCAAAGUACCUCCCAGUCACGUCGGCCAAACGUCUGUGGCAAGAAGAGAUGGUUCUUGACAGCAAAAUGCUCUCCUACGACUCGCGCAACUUCCACGGCUGGAGCUAUCGCAGAGAAGUCGUCAAGUCUAUCGAGCACCUCUCGACUCUAGAGCAACAAGAAAAGACACAAGCCGACAAAAAUCAGAAAUCAGAAGAGUCCAUGACCGAGUCCGAGUUUGCAUACACCACCAAGAUGAUCAAGACAAAUCUAUCAAACUUCUCUGCCUGGCACAACAGACUGCAACUUAUACCCAAGCUCUUGAAAGAGAGAAACGCCGAUAAUGCUGCUCGCAGANAGCUACUUGAUGACGAGUUCGAACUCAUCAUCACUGCUCUCUACACAGACCCCUACGACCAGAGUCUGUGGUUCUACCACAACUACCUCAUGACAAAUCUGUCGCCCAAAACCUCCUCAGACCUCAGGAUCGUCCCUGACUUGACAAAUCAAGAUCGUAUCGAGUACUUUGAUACACAAUUCGAUUUGCUGAAGGACAUGCUCGAAGACACCAAGGACUGCAAAUGGAUAUACCUAGCGUUGGUAACAUAUACUCCUGAGUACCUCGAAAUCGACGCUGGCAACAAGAAAAUCACCACACUCGAGUUGACAGCAUGGCUAGAUCAACUCGAACAGCUCGAUCCCUUACGCAAGGGCAGAUGGGUGGAUUUGAGAAAGUCUUUGAAUCUAUAA